AUGGACAGCAAAAUCAAAAAAUUUGAAGAUGAUAUUAAGAAGAUUGAUGAUAUGGUUAGUGCUGAUAGUUAUGACGGAACAAUAGAAGCUAGACGGAAGGCUCCGGUGACUUGCUGUGCGAAGUGGUAUGUCAAAAAAAUACAUUGGAAGCAAAUGUCCCAAUCCCAACAUGCUAGAGAUAUGGAUAAGAACACUAGGUACUUCCAUAACCUAGCAUCGGUGAGAAGGAGGAACAACAGGAUUGAGUCUCUAGUGAUUAAUGGAAGAGUGAUUGAUCACGAAGAGGCAGCAGUGUUAGAAGAAAUGCCAUCAUCUGAGGAAGUUCGAGAGGCAGUCUGGGAUUGUGAGUCCAGUAAAGUUCCAGGUAGUGAUGGUUAUAAUAUGAACUUCAUAAAGAAAUGUUGGGGUGAGCUUGGUCAGGAAUUUACUGUAGCUGUGUUGGAUUUUUUCCAGAAUGCGAAGCUACCAACAGAUGCUAAUGUUACUUGGGUAGCACUAGCUCCAAAAUUUGUGGGGGCCAAGGAAAUUAAAGACCCCAGACUGAUUAGUAUGGUUGGAUGUGUUUAUAAGAGUGAGGUGAAGUUUUGUGGAUAUAGUGCUGCAGAAGAUGGGCUUGGUUUUCAAUGGAGGAAUUGGGUGAAGGAAUGUGUGACUACAGCGUCUAUGUCAGUGCUGAUCAAUGGGUCGCCAUCCAAGCCGUUCAAGAUGGAGAGUGGACUCAGACAACGAGACCCUCUUUCUCCUUUUCUGUUUGUUCUUGUCAUUGACGUUCUGCACAGAAUGGUGGGGGAGGCGCUAAUGUCUGGCCUAAGUAUCAAUUUUGAUAAGUCAAGCCUAAUUCCAGUCAACUGUAAGAAGGAGUGGGUGACGGAUAUGUGUGGUUUGUUGGGAUGUGCCGAGGCGGUAUUACCUGUCAGAUAUUUAGGAAUUUCUCUUGGCGCUAAUCCUCGGCUGGUGAAGACCUGA